UAAUUUUCAUUCUAUGUCUCUUUUUCCACCCCCAUAAGUGAGUAGCUCAUAGAGCUGAAACAGAAAAGAAAAAGAAAUGGCGAGAACGGCACUUCUCCACUUGCUCCGAUCUCAAACCAGAAACCUCUCUUCUCCUUCAACCGUCCAAUCAGGCUAUCGUGUUUGUAGGUUUGGCACAUGGUCACAUGCUCAUACUGCCAAAACCAACUAUAACAGUGCCAUCCAGAUUGCAGCUUCUCAGAAAAGAUGGGCAUCUCAAGCUAGGACAACAGAAGAUGACAACAGGAUCAGCAUUGGACCACGAAGAGGAAAAGAAGCUGGGGAGGAUGAAAAAGAAACUGGGGUGGUUUAUUAUGGUCCAAUCUCAUCAACCAUCAAGAAAGUAAAACUACUGUCUCUUUCAACCUGCUGUCUCUCGGUAUCACUGGGUCCAGUCAUAACCUUCAUGACAUCUCCUGAUAUGAAUGUCAUAUUGAAGGGUGCAGUUGCAUCUUCUGUGAUAUUCUUAAGUGCUUCAACAACAGCUGCCCUGCAUUGGUUUGUUACUCCCUAUAUUCACAAGCUCAGGUGGCAGCCUGGCUCAGACAGCUUUGAGGUCGAGAUGAUGUCUUGGAUGGCUACAUACAUUCCGAAGACUAUCAAGUUUGCUGAUAUCCGACCAGCAGAGACAAAUAGGCCAUUUGUGACAUUUAAGGCGGAUGGGAACUUCUAUUUUGUUGACACAGAGCAUUGUCAUAAUAAGGCAUUGUUGGCUAGACUGACUCCACAGAAAUCUCAAAAUGAAUCUGCUUUUAAGAACUUGUGAUAUACAGCAAGAGGUCUUCAAGAUAUUGGAUUGCAGAACUAAUGUUUAGUUUCUGGAUUGGCAGGAGCCUGAGGGCCUUCUAUAAAUUGUGCUUCGUCCAUUUAUUAGUGAGACAUCCUUUCUGCUUUUGUUGUUGAAUUUGAGAAGGGAGAUAAAGAAAUCUUUAUGCGACUCCGUUUUUGUCAUGUAAACAUGGAUAGGUGGAUAAGUGAAUUUUGGCACUUAGAAUAAAACAAAUCCCCAGAGUUUACAGAAGAAGAUUAAAA